CUAUGUGAGAGCUACAUUAUUCACUUCAUUCGACGAGUCCAUGAAACCACAAGAUGUCUACAUUUCAAAUUUACUAGCUUUGUGCGUAUCCAUCGACUUCAGCCAAUCCGAGGCUAGUGAAAUUGGGUUUUUUCUCCCCCACUGCGGAUGCGACCUCGUAUAAAUAGUGCGGACAACGGCCAGUGAAACGAACAACUCUUCCUUCUCAUCUCACUCUCACCAUGGCCUCUGAAUCACCCUUUGCUGUUGUCAUAUGCCAUGGCUCGUACCACACACCGGCACCUUAUCAGCCACUGCUCGAUGCCUUGGCCGCACGUGGAGUGGAGGCAUAUUGUCCCCAACGACCAACAUGCGACUUAAGCCGGCUUAAUGUGGGCGAUGUGAACAACCCCGACUUUGAUCGCGAACCUCCUGUAGGAGGCUAUCCAACUGCAGCGGAUGACGCCGCUUCGGUAGGGGAACUUCUAGAUCGACUGAUCGUAGAGGGGAAGUCUAUACUCUUAGUGGGACACUCCUCAGGUGGAUGGGUUGCCGCCGAGGCAGCGCAGAGGGAACGGCAUGCAAAGACCCGGACAUCGAACGGGGAGACUGGAGGAAUUAUCGGUCUCUUUUUCAUUGGUGCCUUAGUCACCCCUAUCGGCGAGUCUGUGAGCAGCUUCUUCCAGCCCAGGGAUGGCAAUGUCGUCGUCCCUCCGUUCAUGCGAUUUCAUAAAAACGGCCUUGGGGUAAUGGUCGAUCUGGCCAAGUAUCUGUUCAGUGAUGCUGGCGAAGGAGCGGCAAGAGAGUGGGCGCAGUGUAUGACAGCGGCGCCUAACAUGACUAGCCCUCUCACUCAUGAUCCAUACGACUUGCCAUGCGCUUAUGUGAUACUCGAUAGGGACAUGUGUCUGCCCAAAGAGGUCCAGCAGAGCAUGAUUGACUUGCAAAAUAAGAAGAAUCCCCGUCCGUUUACGGUUUAUCAUGCUCCAUGCGGUCACUCCCCGCACAUUACUUGGACAGAGGGCUUAGCCCAGGUGAUCGAAAAAUUCUGUUCGGGAAUCUUACAGUGACUGAGUUGGUUAUCACGUCCCAAGAGCUCCAUUAGACUACAUCAGGUUUUCUAGCUUCGUAUUGGCAUAGAUAAAAAUUAGAUUACGUGUUAAAAUAAUUCUGAGUAGCUAUUAGCGCCAAUAUAAAGAAGCCUUUCUGUAUUGAUCACUUGAACUAGACUUACAGGUCUAUGGAGGUCAGAUUGCCGCACGCAGUUUCGCAGGCUCAAUAUCGAGAGAAAUAAUGAUACUGCUAAAAGGUGGCGCAGAGUGCGAAUGAUAAAC